AUGUCUAACGAAUGGGACAACGAUUGGGGCGAUACUUCUCAAGCAACACAACGACAUAGUUAUGGAUUUCCGAGUUCUCCUCAAGACUUUAUGUCGGAUCCGAUGAUGAAGGCUGCUCAACAUUUUGGCGGACAGUUUGCUGAACAACAGAAAGAAAAGAUAUCCAAAUACCUGAAUACGUUCAAUCUCAAGUACUAUUUUUCUGUCGAUAACUCUUACGUUGGCAAGAAGCUUGGGAUCCUACUAUUUCCUUUCUUCCAUCGCGAUUGGUCUUUGAAAUAUGCUGGGUCGGAUGAUCCCGUGCCAGCUAAAGAUGAUGUCAACGCUCCAGAUCUCUACAUUCCCUUGAUGGCUUUCAUAACAUAUAUAAUAGUUUCUGGAUUCGUUCUGGGAACACAAGGACGUUUUUCUCCUGAAAUGUUAGGAAUUCUGACAAGUAAUGCUUUUAUAUGGGUGAUUAUCGAGAACAUAAUCAUUUUUGUGAGCAAGUAUGUAAUGAAUAUAUCGCAGAGCUUGUCAGUCUGGCACUCAUUGGCGUAUAGUACUUACAAGUUCUUUGGGAUGAUCAUCUGUCUGCUAAUGUUUAUGGCUGGUGGAAGGACUUUUUACUACUGCGCACUGGCUUACACCUCCCUGGCUCUUGUUUUUUUCUUGCUCCGCACAGUGAAGAAUUUUGUAUUUCAUUCUCAUCACUUUGGCGGUGAAGAUGGCCGAAAGCGGAAGCUUAUUCUCAUUCUCUUCAUUCUUGUGUCACAGCCACUCAUUAUGUGGUGGCUGACAAGGUCAGUUUUUUUUCUGUCGACAUUUGAAAAGUGUCCCUCGAGAAAUUAUAUUAUUGCGAUAGCCUGA